GAGAGAUCCAGGAGAUGAAAAAGCAAUAUUAAUCAUGAAAGAAAAUGUCUGCCUACCAAGUUUUUUGACUCGUCAGGGGCUUUUAGACUUUGAACCGUGUGUGAUAUUGACACCAAAAUCCGAGCCCUCGUUCUCAAUUAGGAGAUUAGGAACCAAGGGUGGCUUUGAAGAUAUCCUCUCAUUUCUUCCCCUCUUGAUUUUCUUUGAUCUAUUGUUUUUUCUCAAUUUCUACAAUCUGCGAGUGUGCGUUUCACAUUACCGCUUCUGGGAAAUAGUGCAUCGCGGCGCUCCUCCGUCGGCGAUAUCUCUCAUGUAUGCCAUGUCCAAUGGACCGCACGAUUGGAACCGGUUUUCUCGCUGCAUCAAUCAUGUUCGGUUUGCCAUUUGGAUUGUCUUCGGUCCCCAUUUUUCUCAGGAUCCGCCGUUAACUCACUAAAUUGCGGUCUGUCCAUCGCCCCGUCGCCGUUGCCCAGAGGGGGUGGUUGCUGCCCAGCAAGAUGGGCGGCGGUAAAGCCCAUCCGACCAACUGUUGCCCAACAACCAUGCUUUUUAGUUGAUGACAUCCGCUAGAAGUUUGAUGCCAUUUGCCAUAUGGUUCCACUGGGACAGUAGAAAAAAAAAGUGGACGAUGAGCUUGUUUACUGGCUUCCGGGUUUAGAACCAUGGAAUUUCUGCGGGCUCAUCCGAAUCGAGUCCAUGGGACCGGUCGUCCCCUUGGGUUGUUCUUGUAUACCCUCACCCUCACCCGACGCAGGUAGUUCCUGUUUCAGGCUUCCUGACUCAACACCGUGGCCCUGAUUUGGAUCAUCCCUUACUUCGUCACAAACGUGGCCAAACAAAGGUCUGACUCAUCGAUCGACUGUGCCUUGCCUUUUCAUCUCGCCGUCCAAUAUCCAAGUAUCUGUGCCGCUCGUCCACCCUGUCCGUUAUGUAUGUCCAGCUGGUUGGUACCUGUUUGAAGCCGAUAAGACACUCCGGAGGGGAGGUAGAGCAUCCCCGGCGAAUCUCCUCCCUCGGAUCCGGACACUGCAGCCGGUGAAGACCCUGGUGUAGGGACAUUGGGCCAAUCGAGCUGAAGAAGAGCCUUAUCGAUCUGUGGAGAGUGGUUGCGCCAUGGAAUUUCCCCCCGACGUAGGGACGUGUUGAGGCCCGUUACUAGGGUUGUAGAGUUGAGAGGGAUCGUAGAUGCUAUCGCUGUGUCAGAAAGGUGUAGUGGGUUGUUGGAGUCAGUUGAUAAUCUCAGGAUGGGAGGAUUACGGGGUAUGCCCAACAGGCGCUUAGACAGGACUGCGAGGAGGCGAUUUUGAUCGUGACUUUUCUUUUCUUUUUUUUUUUAAAAAAAAAAAAUAAACAUAAAAAGAAUAUUAUUAU